AACUAGUGUUGUUUUGUGAGGAGAUGAAAAUGGCGGCGGAUGGCUGACCGCCGUCUUUAUCGGAUAUUAUACAUAAAACUGCGAUUUAAUAAACCAGCGUUCUCUGUCGAUUUUAACAGAACGUCAUAUCAUUUAAUAUGACCAGGUUUUAAGGAUUUUCUAAACUCUUUGGUUGAUUGGAGUUUUCCAAAAGACAAAGCGGAAAGUUCCUUUGGAAAUAGAUUGCUCGCUGUCUGCUGUUGCAUUUUAAACUUAACCUUCGUUUUAGUUCAGCGAACAGUUUGUUCAGCAUAAUAAGAAAAUGUGUUUGAACUACAUGCCGCAAAUAACCCAGGACUGGUAACCCCCCUCACCCCCUAAAACUAUCCAGACAAGUGUCUAAAUUGUAUCAUUAGUAAGCUACUCUAUAGCUAACGUUAGCUAUAACACGCUAACCCUUACAUAAUGAACCACACUACAACCCCAGAUGCAAUACGGGCGCUAUCAACAAACUAAAGCUUCCUAGCUAAUCCCAUUCUCUCGGUAGGGUUUUGUUUUGGUGAUCGACAACAAUGCUUCCCUUUGGUGGGGGAUAGCUAGCCAAAGAUGCUAGCCUCUACUAUUUCACUAGCUAUGUCCUAGUGGUAAUUAUCUGCCGUUAGCUGUAAAUAACAUGACGUUGCAAUGUGUAAACGCUCGUACUUUAUUUUAUACGGUGGUUUUAGUCAAAUCAAAAUCUAUUAACUUGGCUACGUUGCUGACUGUAUUUUUAGAUGUAGUUUGUCAGAUUUGAAAGGCUUUUCUUUUUACCCGCAAGUGACAGUGGACAUAAAUAUUACACUACUAGAAAUAAAUAAAUUAAGAUACAUUUCCAAUCACGAGCUAGUUGUAGUGUUCGGCUGCUUGACACCGCAGUCAGGUACCCACGUGUAUCGGCGAAACGCCUACCAAAGCAGUCCACUGUCUCAAGUGACAGUCAUAAAACAUGGAAGAUAAGCGUCGACCAAGAUUCAGCAAGCGGCUGCGGUCGGGCACGCGGCGGCGCUACCAUGACGAUGGUAUCUCGGACGACGAGAUCGAGGGGAAGAGGACCUUUGACCUGGAGGAGAAGCUGACGAGCGAGAGGUUCACCUCGGACAGGGUCAAACGCAUGGAGGGGAAAGACCUCACUUUUGAGUACAUCCAAAGAGGUGGGUUGAGGGACCCGAUCAUCUUUGAGAAGCCAGACGGAUUGGGCAUCAAGAUGCCAGAUCCAGACUUCAGUGUGAACGACGUCAAGAUAUUUGUCGGCAGCAGGCGUAUGAUGGAUGUGAUGGAUGUCAGUACUCAGAAGGGCAUAGAGAUGUCUAUGGCCCAGUGGAGACGUUACUACGAGACACCCCCCUCCCAGAGGGACAAACUCUACAACGUCAUCAGCCUGGAGUUUAGCCACACCAAGCUGGAGAACCUGGUCCAGAGGCCUGCAUCGGUGGACAUCAUAGACUGGGUGGACAACAUGUGGCCUCGGCACCUGAAGGAGAGACAGAGAGACUCCACCAACUCCAUCACAGACAUGCAGUACCCCAAAGUGCAGAAGUACUGUCUAAUGAGUGUGCAGGGCUGCUACACGGACUUCCACAUAGACUUCGGCGGUUCCUCGGUCUGGUACCACAUACUGCGGGGAGGCAAGGUGUUCUGGCUGAUCCCGCCCACGCCUCAGAACCUGGAGCUGUAUGAGGACUGGGUGUUGUCGGGGAAACAGGGAGACAUCUUCCUGGGAGACAAGGCCCAGGGCUGUCAGAGGAUAGAGCUGAAGCAGGGCUAUACCUUCAUGAUCCCCUCAGGUUGGAUCCACGCGGUCUACACUCCAGUGGACACCCUGGUGUUUGGGGGAAACUUCCUCCACAGCUUCAACAUCCCCAUGCAGCUCAACAUCUACAGCAUCGAGGACAGGACACGGGUACCAGCCAAGUUCCGUUACCCAUUCUAUUAUGAGAUGUGUUGGUACGUGCUGGAGAGAUACCUCUUCAGUCUGACCAACACCUCCUACCUCACGCCUGACUUCCAGAAGCACUCCCUGGGCAUCGGUCUUACCAGAGACCCCUCCACCUGUGAGUCAGUCAACGGGCACACCCAGGAGGAGGAUGAACAGGAGGCUCCCCCGACCCCGGGCUCUAAUCCCGGGGUGAAGGUUCACCUCACGCCCUUUGAGCUGGAGGGGCUGUGGAACCUGCUGGGGAAGCUGGAGUCGCUGCCCUCACAGAAGAACUGUGUCCCGGCAGGCAUACACGAUGCUCCCGCUCUGCUGCACGACAUCAGGGCCCUGCUGAAGGAGCACGCAAAUGACAUCCCCAAACUGUCCUACACUGGCAAGCCCAUCGUCAAGUGGCCCAAGAGGCCGUCGUGGUACCAGCCCCCUCCCCCUCCUCCCCCGGUGGCUCGUCCCAAGCUGUCUGCCACGGUGGUGACCCCGCGACCCCAGAAGCCCGCCUCCUCCAUGUCCGUGCUGCGGCGGCGGCGCGUGCGGUGUAAGCGCUGCGAGGCGUGUGUCAGGACGGAGUGCGGGGACUGUAACUUCUGCAGGGACAUGAAGAAGUUUGGCGGGCCGGGGAAACUCAAACAGACCUGCGUGCUCCGACAGUGUCUGGCGCCGGGUCUGCCCCUGUCAGUGGUGUGUGAGAUCUGUGCAGAGGGGAACCAGGAGGGAGGAGAGGGGCCAGUCUUCGCCCUCACCCUCAUGGAGUGUUCCAACUGUGCCCAGAUAGCCCACCCCGCCUGCCUCAAGGUAACAGGGGAUGGUGUGGUGAAUACAGAUCUGCCCAGCUGCUGGGAGUGUCCCAAAUGUGUUCUGGGAAUCACUGACACUGAGGUGAAGGAGGACAAGAAUAAAAUGUUACACGCGAAACGCAAGUCUUCUUCGUAUCUCGACGGCCGCAUCGCCAAGAUCUACCGUCGCCGUGGUCACAGCCGAGACGAUGACGACUCGGGCAGCGAUGAUGAUGGUGAUGAUGAAGGCUCCAGGGGCGGAGGAGGCGGCGCGGGACAGAAGAUGUCCGGGCCAUGCCCUCGCGGCAGUGGCUCCACCUCUCGGAGAGGCUAUGGGACUGGGAGGCGGGGCAUUUGGAGAGGCUCCUCCCACAGAGGAGGGGCAGGCCGCAGGAGUGGGCUUGCCCCUCACUCCUCCCUGAAGAUGAGGCGCGGCAGAGGAGGGCUGGGGGCGGGCCGAGGGGAUAGAGAGGGGGGGCGUAGGGAGAGGGGCGGGAGAGUGCGCCUCCGGGGAGGCACCAGGAUGCAGAGACGCAGGGACGAGUCAGAGGAUGAUGAUGAUGAUGACGACGAGGAAGAUGACGACAGCGAGGAAGAUCGGCAGCAUCACCACCGGCAACGUCGCAGGCAGAGGAGAACGGACGACGAGGAAGACGACAACGAUGAGGAAGACGAUGAUGAGGAAGACAGCUCGGCCCGGGACCUGGAGGGGGAGGAUGAGGACGUGGCGUAUGAAGACGAGGAUGAGGAAGACGAUGAGAACAGGUCAGACUCUGAACCAGAGCCUCCCGUCCUCCUGGUGUCUGACCUUAACGACGACCUCCUAAACGGCUCAUACCUGACAGUGACCCUACAGCGCCCCCCCAGGGCCAAACGCCACCCCGGCUCCAUCGUGCCCAAGCUGGAGGCCGCCAUGUCUCCCAGAACCCACGGCGGCGGUCCAGGUUACGUCCAGCAUAAAACCCUCGGGAAGACGCGGCACAAAAACGGCACGGUCGCCGCCGGCCACGGCCUGGCCCAGCCCGCCAAGAAUCCAGUCGGCCGGCCGCCUCGUCACCGUAUCAACAAUCCCCACGGCGACACAGCAGACAGGGAAAGAGAGAGGGACACUGCCUCUCAUUCCUACUCUGACUCCUCGGCCUCCCCCACCCCUCCUCCCCCCUCCUCCCACUCUCCUUCCUCGCUCCUGUCGCUUCCCUCCUUCAAGGAUGUAGGAAACGAGAAAGGAGGGGAGAAGGAGGUGUGGGUGGCGGUGUUCCGUUACCUGAGCCGAGCUGAGCUGGCAAGCUGUAUGGCUGUCUGUAAGGCCUGGUACAAAUGGAGUUGUGACAAGCGUCUGUGGAGUGGUGUGGAUGUAUCGCGGUGUCCCUCCCUCUCCUCCCAGGCCGUGCAGGGCAUCAUCAAACGCCAGCCCACCUCGCUGGACCUUUCCUGGACCCCCGUGUCCAAGAAACAGAUCACCCUGCUCAUACACCGCCUGCCAGGUCUGAAGGAGUUGAUGAUAGCAGGUUGCUCCUGGUCGUCCAUGUCAGCCCUGUCCACCCCCAGCCUGCCGUGCCUCCGUACCCUGGACCUGCGCUGGGCAGAGGGGGUCAAAGACACCCAGAUCAGGGACCUGGUCGUACCACCAGGUUGUGACAGUCGGUCUCGGCUGCGUGGCUGUGUGGCGCUGCGUCUAGCCGGCCUGGACAUCAGUGACUCCACCCUGAGGCUGAUUCUCCGUCACAUGCCCCUGCUAGAGCGGCUGGACCUGGCCCACUGCAGGGACCUCACGGACCAGUCCAUCUGCCUGCUCACCGCCGCCGGCACAAACACACGCAACACGCUCACGGAGAUCAACCUCGCAGGUUGUAACAAGCUGACGGACGGCUGUCUGGCGUACCUGAAGAGGGCGUCUGGCCUGGCACUGCUGGACCUGCGGGGCUGCAAAGGUGUGACGCUGCGGGGCUGUGAGGGCUUCAUCUCGGACCUCGCUCACUGCGUCUUGUUCUGUAUGACGGAGGAGAAACUCAUUCAGAGGAUAUCGUAAAACUCACCACGCUCUUACCCCUACGCAAGGGGCACGUAGAGACCCUGUGCCAGCCAGGCAGGGGGGAGAGAUGGGGAGCAGCCAACACCCCUCCCCCGAAAAGGAGGGCGAGCUAAAAACAAAAGUGAAAAGACGUUCCCACUCCUCACUUGGGAUGAGAGGGGAGGAUGUGCUGUUGCAGCAUCAUGUUUAUUAGGAGGGUUAGGAAUGAUAUGGAUAGCACAGAGACACUUGCUAGUGUUGUUCACGCAACAGUGUUGAAAAUGGGAACCCUGGGACCCCCGAGUGGUGCAGUGGUCUAAGGCACUGCAUCGCAGUGCUAGCUGUGCCACUCGAGAUUCUGGUUCACUUGCGACUCCUGUGGUGGGCCGGGCACAAUGCACACCGACACGGUCGCCAGGUGUACGGUGUUUCCUCCGACACAUUGGUGCGGCUGGCUUCCGGGUUAAGCGGGCAUUGUGUGGAGAAGCAGUGCGGCUUGGUUGUGUUGUGUUUCUGAGGACGCACGACCUUCGCCUCUCUCGAGUCCGUACGGGAGUUGCAGCGAUGAGACAAGACUGUAAACUACCAAUUGGAAACCACAAAAUUGGGGAGAAAAAAGGUUGAACAAAGAAAACGGGAACCCUAUGGAUUGUGAAUGUGGGUUUUUGUUCGACAUGAAGUGGAGUAAAUCAGGGUUGGAGACCCCCCCCCCAUUUCAGCUCUCAUUGUCUCAGCUCUCUUUCCGCGCCAUCCUCACCUCUGUUCCUUACGCUUACAGCCAUGAGUUUUGUUGGAUUAAAACCGUACUGUAUCUCUCAUUAGUUACAUCCAAAACGGUACCCUGUUCCUCAUAGUACACUACUACAGAGCCCUGGUCAAAGGUAGUACUCUAUAUAUGGAAUAGGGUGCUAUUUGGGACGAAUACAUUGUUUCUCUUCAGUUUUACUUGACUCUGUUUCUCACUACCAGCCACUACAGGUUUUAACUUUGCUACUUUGAAUUCCCUCAUUUGACAGACUAUUUUCCUGUCAUUUUAACGUCUUUCCUUUCUGUCUUUUUACAGGUGUAAUGUUUUGUUCAUCCCUCCGUCUCUGUCCCCCAUAAUGUUAUUGUUAAUAAUGUUGAACCGGAGGGCUCUUGGGUUGGGUGCGUCGCAAAUGUCACCCUAGACCCAAUAUUAGUGCACUACUUUUGAAAAGUAUAUAGGGUACCAUUUGGGACGGGGUCUUGGUGAAUUGUUUUGGUUGCCCUACUGCAGUUGCUCAAUGGGACUGUGUGCCUACAGCAUUGCAAUCAAUUAUAUAAUUAUUUUUUGAAAUGUUUUGCAGAAAUUCUCUCUGAAUGUGGUUUUUACAAGAAAAAAAGAAAAAAUUAAAACAAAAAUCUGAAAUGAA